CGUAGAUGCUAUACCUAAUUCCAUGAUGCGUAACAAGAUGGCAGAAUAGAGCCAUUGACUUGAAGCUGAACAAAUUAGAAUAACCAGCGCGAAAGCCAGUGCUAAAUUCUUUAAAAUCUGAUCAGUGUAAAUAAAACAAUUAUAGCAUUUUAAUCAUUCGGUUACUUGCAUAAUUUUAAAUAGAUAUUCUUCCUCGCAAUCGUAUCCUAGUAAUUUUUAAAAUAUCUUCACUUGAAUAUCCCAUAGAUCAGAUAUAACCUCAAUCUCAAAAGAUUCCCAUAUUUACAAUGGAAAAUACAGUAAAAACAACUUUGUUAUGCGGACCAUUGGAGCUUACCAAAUCAUUCAUAUUUGAGGCUGCUAUGCAUUGGGCCGAAGAAGGCCGUCGUGUAAUAUAUAUUACACCUACGCCACUGGAAUCACUGCCAUCGACCUACCACGAUAGAAAUCCUCCAAUAGCCGCAGCUUUCAAAUUGAUAAGAUUUAUGUACUUGUCCAACUAUGAGAAUCUGGUGGAACAGCUGGCCGAACUCCAUACCUUUACCAGUCUGCCGUCUGUACUACUGAUAGACAAUCUGGACCACUACGUUGAAGAUGAUUCUAUAAGGGAGCAGAAAGACUUUCAUGCUGCAAGAACCUGCGCCUUCAUUUUGGAUAGUAUGAACGCCUGCUGUCGAAUACUCAAGACAGAAGUUCACGUGUGCGCCACCGUCUUUGCCAGCGCUCGUAGAUCAGCCGCUUACAAUAUUUACUUUGGCAAUAUCUGGCAUCUUGAAAGGUGCGACGAAGACAAGAGUAUCCUGGUAAAGAAAGCUGAAGGAGGAUGCGAGACAAGAAGUAAGAGCUACAAGUAUUCCAAAUUCGAGGACGGUACGAUUAUACUGAAAGAAAUAUUGUGCAAGAAGAUGAACGAUUAAAUGGCCUGACACUUGUCGAUGGAUGGGCAUACUUUCAAAUGGAAUGUCACAGUCACGUAAAAGGCAUGGCUUA